UUCUGCUCGUCCUCGCACCAUUACCCUAUCAGAAUCAAACGGUCCAAAACCCAAACCCCUCCUUAACCACACAUGGGGAACGCGCGGUGCCCAGCCGCCGACUCGCCGGCGGCGUCGGACCGGGAGGUAGGAUUCGCGAAGCUGCAGGGCGAGUGCUUCGAGUACUACAUGCAGACCUACUCCAUCGUCCUUGGUCGCCAUAGCCGCCGCAGCAGCAAGGGCCCCGCCGCCCCGCCGACCGAGGCCGACGACGGCGUCGACGUGGACCUCGGCGCCCUCGGCGGAGGCAUGAACGUCUCCCGCCGCCACGCGCGCAUCUUCUACGACUUCCCACGCCGCCGGUUCGCUCUCGAGGUGCUUGGCAAGAACGGCUGCCUCGUCGAGGGCGUGCACCACGUCCCCGGGUCCGCCCCCGUCAAGCUCGACUCCCAGGACCUCCUCCAGAUGGGGGAAGCCAAGUUCUACUUCCUCCUCCCCUCGCGCUCCGUCUUCGACGCCGGCAUCGCGCGCCGUGCCCCCGCCGUCCAGCGCGGGAUCCCGCCGCCUCCGUCUGACGACGACGAGGAUGAGGAUGAACAGGGAGAGGCCGUGGCAGCGGCGAAGCGUCGGAGGGAGGGGGAUAACGGAUCAAAAUCUUACAGGGAAGCAGAUGAUCAACUAUUGCUUCAGUUGGAAGAGAAAGAUGUCAUCUCAUCUGCUGCUACUAUCUUGUCUGAUCUCUGUGGACCUCAGGAAUGGAUUUCUAUGAACAAGCUUCAUGAAGUGAUGUUUGAUAAGUACGGCAAUAUGUGGCACCACAGCAGGGUGCGAAAAUAUCUGACAUCUGAAGACUUUCCGGAGACUGAAACUGAUUUCAGACCAUGGCAUGGACUUGUAUUGCUGCUAAGAAAGUACCCUGAGCAUUUUGUGAUCAACAUUAGGAAAGGUGGGGGCUUGAGCACUGAGUUUGUCUCUUUGGUCUCACUACAAUCUUGAUAAUUUCUCAAACAUUACUCCAAGGGUGUUGCUGUAUAGCUUGGAGUAUUCUUUUUGCUACCUUUGUAAAAAAAAUAGUUAGAGGGUAAAAGGAGUUGAGCUUUUAUUUUCCUUUUGUCUGCAUUUUGGUCAAGACAUCGGUUGUGGAGAAUAUUACCUCAGCGAAUUGACAAAACACAGAGUUUAAUGAUUAUUGAUUUAGUCGUGCUAUA